AAGCCCUAGUUUGACAACUCACUCACUCGAGUCCACAGCGCGGAGAACGAGCGCGUCCCGAAUGGCACUGAGAGGGAACCGAUAGACAGGGAUUCCCCGACGAAACGAAACCGAGCCGGGUUCUGAUGCGCGUGUCCAUCGACAUGGCACGGACACGCGUCUGACGCGCGCGUUGGACAUUACUGUCAGUGUUGCAGAAUUAAAACACUGAGGAUUUCAUAUUUUGACUGGACUCAUGAGGCAGCCACCGAGUGAGUUUGACAGUAUGGCUCUGAGCGGCACGCUUUUGCCCUCGAUCUCCAGCUUUGCUGAUGUGAAGCACAAUGCCAUUAUUGGACCUGGAAAUGCCAGUUCGAGAUGGAUGGAGGACAUGUGUCAGCUGAAACACCCCUGCAUGUCUUCAGGCGGGACUUGCACUGACCUUGACGUCCCAUCCGUCAUGACCAAGAGGGAACCGGAAGAGCUCGACCAAUUGGACUAUGAUUUUAUUCUGUCGAACAGCAUGUUUCAAAAACAACAACAACAACAGCAACAACAGCAACAGGAGGCCUCGACGUCCAGACCUCUCCCUCCGUCCCCGUCGUCCUACACCUAUCAGAUGCCCUCUCCUCAGGACCAGGACAACAACAUGUUGUACAACAUACCGGACAUCAGCGACGUGUCUCCCUCUGGAGGUUUCGUCGCGGAGUUGAUGAGACCGGAGCUGGAUCCUGCGUAUCUUCAUCCCACGAGCCUCCAAGGGAAAUUUGUGGUGAAGACCACCAGGGACAUGAGUGAUUACAGCAUCAGCAAGGGCGGGUUAAUGUUGGACACGUCUUCUGUGCCGAUCGUAUGUCCUCCGAUUAAACAGGAGUGUCCUAGCACUUGCAGCAUCUCCCGACCCAUGGAUAUUCACUUGGGAUUGAACUCCGGCUCCGGGGUCGGUCCGAGAACGCUGUUGGAUCCUCACGGUUUCGGCACGGGUCGAUCUUCCACUUCUUCUCUCUCUCCGGACGAGCAACCUCAAGCUCAGGUGUUGGGAGAGCCUUCAUUAUCUCUGGGCUAUUCCGGUUAUUCUGGUUUUCCGCAGCCUCCUGCUCAGUACCAAGAGCUGAUUUCUCCAGCUGAGGGUUUGCCGGAAGAGUCCAAGCCCAAGCGGGGUCGCCGCUCCUGGCCGAGGAAGCGGAUCGCGACACACACGUGCGAUUACGCAGGCUGCGGGAAAACAUACACCAAGAGCUCGCAUCUCAAAGCCCACCACAGGACUCACACAGGAGAAAAGCCGUAUCACUGUGACUGGGAGGGAUGUGGCUGGAAGUUCGCCCGCUCGGACGAGCUCACGAGGCACUACCGAAAACACACGGGACACCGACCGUUCCAGUGCCAGAAGUGCGACCGGGCAUUCUCCCGUUCCGACCACCUCGCACUGCACAUGAAGCGCCAUCUAUAACCAAACCUGGAGGACCACAACCCCAGUGGAGAGACUGGAGAACCAAGUGUUGCCUUUGAAAAAGAGUCAGCGGCUAUGUUUACAUGCAAGCUAAGGAAUCCGUUAGUAAUCGGCUCAAUCACUAAAAGCCUUCAUGUAAACGCAUGAAUCUAUCCGAUUGAGCUCGAUCCCAAUUAGAUUUCAAUCCGAUGUAAAGGAGUGUUUAUUCUUUUUCUAAUUCGAUUGAGAGAACAUGUGAAAACUUGAUCGGAUUGAAAAUCGAAACUGAAAGACUGAGCAUGAGCGAUGACGUACAAAUGGCGUGAUGACAUUUGAAAUAGCUUACAAAUGGCCUGAUGACGUUUAAAUGGUCUACAAAUGGCAUUGAAAUAGCGUGAUGAUGUUGAAAUGACGUAAUGAUGUUGAUUGAACUGACAAAGAAAUAGCGUGAUGAUGUUCAAAUGGCGUAAUGACGUUGAAAUGGCAUGAUGAUGUUGAAAUGGCGUAGAAAUAGCCUAAUGGCAUUGAAAUGACGUAGAAAUAGCAUAAUGACGUUGAAAUUUUGCAGAAAUAGCGUAAUGGCGUUGAAAUGACAUGAUGACGUUGAAAUGGCGUAGAAAUAGCGUAAUGACAUUGAAAUGGCGUAAUGCCGUUGAAAUUACGUAAAAUAGCGUAAUGGCGUUGAAAUGACGUUGAAAUGGUGUUGAAAUGCCAUAGAAACAGCGUAAUGACGUGGAAAUAGCGUAAUGAAGUAUGACAGAACGAGCUGUUGUUCCUGUUGAAAGUGUCGUAUAAUUUCCCGUCAUUAUAAAAUUACAUUAUUAUUUCACUACAUUAACAACAUAUUAAUUACAGUAUAUUAUUUAUAUAUUUAUAUUAUCACCACCACCAGUGCUGGCUUCAGACUCUCAUCCACAGACGAAAGAAUGAAUAUAAUUAGCGGCACAACGGCUCAUGCGCUCAUUAUCUCCAAAUUAUGACCAGAAAUGAAUACAUAUUAAGUCUGAUGUUUAAAACAAAGAAUCAGUGCAUGUGAAUAGUUAUUACGCAUAAACAGCAGAAACUCGUGCGCAUGUCAAACAAUAUAUCCAAAUUGAAGCUUAUGACAUAUAAACUCAUCUUUGAUCACCAAAACGACAAUAUUUAAAGUAUAAACACACAUCAACCCGAUCACAUGUUCAGCGUUCAUGUAAACACUACAUUCAGAUUGAAAGGAAAGUUGUGCAUGUAAACAUAGCCGGAGAAACUCUACGACAAGCUGUGUUUUCCACAGCAUCAGGGUUGGGAAUUUCUGCUUUUUCUUCUUUUUUUUUUUUUUCGUCGUCGUCUUCCAACAUGCUGGUGACUCGAGAGCUGGGACAAUACUGGAACGUGCGUCUACUUACCGACAAAACUUGGAGAUGCCAAGUGCCAAACUAAAGACUGGAAGUAUAUGAAUAUCAGGGAUACACAUUAGAUUAUAUGCAGGGUUUGAAAUUAACACUCGCCAAAUGUGGCGGGAAAAAUCAAAUGUGGCGGG